AUGCGUGCGAUGAUGGACAGUGCCGAAGGCGACAAGAGGCGGCGACGAGAGCAUCACCUGGACAUCCACACAGCUGAACCCGGGGACGCCGCCCCUGGUUGCCGGCAGGAGCGCCAUUGUCCUAGCGCCCAUAUCACCGGCGCCGCCCUCGAGGCCGAGUGGGAAGGGACAGCAAGUGGCCGAAGUCGACGCUACGGGUCACUAGCGGUGCACCGCAUGGUCGGCUUCACGCCUAGUCAACCCGGCAGGCACCGAGGGAUCACAUUUGAGGCAAAUGUCAUGUCGGCUGGGGCAUCGCCCAGAUGA